UUUAAACAUGCCGCAAGGGCAGUCAAAUGUCCAACUCAUGAAAAGUGCAGUGUUGCCAUCAUACCACCAAAACAAACAAUUAUCGGUAAACAAAUACAGUGCUGAUUUCUCCUCCGAGUCCUAUGAAGACGCAAAUAAUUGCUCGCUCACUCCGAAAGAGUUCGAAUAUAUAAUGUCACUUACCUCAGUUGAAUAUCUAAAUCACCUACGUUGCAAUUUUCCUCCACAAUUAACGUCACUUAGCACCGACGGAGCUGCUUGUGUUAAGGCGCACAAGUGUGACAUUAGCAGUCCAAUAUUUGAGUUAUGUCCAUCUGAACUUGUGUUCCAAAACUAUGUCGAAAACCACACAUAUGAACUACCAUUGAUACUGCGUAACGUUGAUUCGAUGAUGCACAGUGUGCAUUUGGUGCACGAAACCAAUCCAUAUUUUCAAAUAAAAUACUUAAGCUCUAUUGGACAUAAGAUUGCAGCAGGACUAUCACUACACUGUCUGGUGUCAUUUACACCCGACUCACUUCGCGAUUACCAGCAUGAACUGCUGUGCAUUACUGAUCGUGAAACCUAUAAGAUUCCAAUUUACUGCCUCGGUCCUCGAGCUAUUUUAGACUUUCCUGAUGUAAUUGAUUUUGGAAGCUGUACAAUAAAAUACAACACUUCAAAAUUUAUCAUGAUAAGAAACGUUGGAAAGACUGCGUCCAGUGUCACACUGCAUACCGCACCUCCAUUCAAAGCAGAAAAUCCAGCAUUUUCUAUCGAACCACUUGGCUGCUGUACACUUGAAUUCGUUUUUUAUCCGGAGCUUUGCGGAACUUACGCUGAAAACCUUUAUGUACGACUGGAUACAGGUGAAACACUCUUUGUUAAGCUAAAAGGUGUGGGACAACUCGCUGCCGUGCAAUUGGAAGCAGACGUUUUAAACCUAGGAUCUACUUACAUUGGUCAAUCUGCUACCAAAAACUGUAUAAUCUAUAACAAAUCUGAUGUGUGUAUCAGAUACA